AUGAGGCAAGGCGAUAUAUUUGAGCAAGAAAGGGAAAUUUUGUUUCAGACAGAUGAGGAGGAGAGACAAACAGAGCUUUCGGGCGAUGAGAGCUUUACUGAUUCCUCAUCAUCGCCUCCGCUAUCCCGAAGCAACUCACAUUCCGAUCAAUGGCCACGGAGUUAUAGAAAGUCAAUGGAUAUGUUGACCGGAAUUACACCUCCGACAACAACGAGUCUCGUCUCUUUCUUUAACAAGAAGCAACAAAGCUCUGUUUUCGGUUCGUUUUCUUCAUACGGAAGUAAACAACUACUUCUAGACAAAGAUUAUGAUGUUCAUAAUAACUCUGCAGUCAUAUCGGUCCCGGAUCUUUCAUUUGUAGAAGAAAAUCGAACAGCGACGUUCUUUCAAUCUGUUCUCAACGGAAUCAAUAUACUUUGUGGAGUAGCGAUACUUACGAUCCCUUACGCAGUAAAAGAAGGAGGAUGGCUCGGGCUUUUCGUUCUCUUCUGCUUUGGCAUCAUCACUUGCUACACAGGUAUUCUCCUUCAGAGAUGUCUCGAGAGUUCUCAUGGGCUCCACACUUACUUGGACAUUGGUCAAGCUGCGUUUGGAACUACUGGACGCAUCCUAAUCUCCGGAUGUUGCGUGGAAUACAUAAUCAUGAUGAGUGAUAACUUGUCAGGGUUGUUCCCUAUGACCUCAUUGAAUAUCAUCGGAGUUUCUCUAGAUUCUACUCAGAUUUUUGCCAUUGUGACAACUUUUAUUGUUCUUCCCACAGUCUGGCUCAGAGACCUUAGCUUAUUGUCCUACCUCUCAGGAUCGGUUGAUGGAGUUGGAUUUCGCCAUAGCGGACAAAUUCUUGAUUUGUCGAGUUUACCUGUAGCGGUGGGGAUCUUUGGGUUUGGGUUUACGGCUCACUCGGUGUUCCCUAACAUUUACUCAUCCAUGAAAGAGCCUUCUCAGUUUCCUAUGGUGCUUCUCACCAGUUUCGGUUUCUGCACACUGUUUUACAUUGGUUUAGCGGUUUGUGGUUACACCAUGUUUGGUGACGAGAUUCAAUCCCAGUUUACACUGAACUUGCCUCAAGAAUUUACGUCAUCUAAAAUCGCAAUAUGGACAGCAGUUGUUACACCGAUGAUGAAAUACGCAUUAACAAUUACUCCGGUCGUGCUAAGCUUGGAAGAACUCAUGCCGUCUUCGAAAAAUAUGAGAUCCAAAGGCGUCUCUUUGAUUUUUAGAACCAUUUUAGUUCUCUCUACUUUGGUUGUUGCACUCGCAUUUCCAUUCUUCGCGACUGUUGCGGCUCUGAUCGGAUCUUUCAUUGCAAUGCUUAUCGCUUUUAUAUUCCCGUGCCUCUGUUAUCUCAGAAUCUCUAAGGAUCAAUUAACGAACACUGACAUAGCAGUUUGCAUUUUCAUCAUAAUCAUCGGUGUUGUGAGCGGUUGCUGCGGUACUUACUCGGCCAUCGCCAGAUUAAUCCACGAAAUCGCUUGA